AUGCCUGACACUAAGAACCAAUUCGAAGGAACGCCUACCGUCCGUCGAUAUCCCCCCAGUGGUAUCAACAUACUUGUUGCGGGUGCUGGACUCGGUGGACUUAGCUUUGCCAUCGAAGCACAUCGAAAAGGGCACGAUGUCUGUGUCAUUGACCGCCGUCCUCACUUUAAUGACUAUGGAGAUUUCAUUGCGCUUCAAGGCUCUGCAUUGAAAACACCCAAGUCAUGGCCGGGGUUUCUCGAAGCUUGUCAAAGGGAGAAGAUCCCCCAAGUUGGAAAGAUGUGUACCCACGAUGGCCAAUUUAUCGGUAAUGUUACGUUUGGCUUGUCCACUCUUCGUUCUAGCCUUCAUCGUCUUCUUUACCACUAUGCAAUGCACCUGGGUAUCGAAAUCCGUCUCAGCGCCCGGGUAGUGGACUACUUCGAGGGUCCUGACAAGGGCGGAGUUGUCCUCGAAGAUGGAUCUGAGCUCACCGCCGAUCUUGUGGUGGCUGCUGACGGUGUAGGCUCUCGAUCAGGGGGUUUGAUCAAGGGUGAACGUGAUCAGCCAACGAGCUCGGGUUUUGCUAUGAUCCGCGCAACCUAUCCAGCGGAGAGAGUCAGUCAAAAUCCUCAUCUUCAAGAGUUCCUCGAGGAUCGUUCCUCCGCCAAAGGUGUGGUGGGAGCAGGUGCACACGUAAUCACCGGGUGUAGCGGCGACAACGUGUCGUGGAUGCUCACGCACAAGGACAAUGACCCUAACGGGAAUGAACGUGCACCCACAGUCGAUCCACGAGUGGCGUUGAAGUAUGUUCAAGGAUGGGUCCCUUGGCUCAAUGAAUUGAUCAAAAAUACUCCUGAUAUGGGAGCCGUCGACUACAAGCUUUUGUGGCGCGAUCCUUCUCCUACAUGGGCUUCUAAGCACGCCAGAGUUGUCCAAAUUGGAGAUGCAGCCCACGCUUUUCUCCCGACUUCGGCUGCCGGCGCAACCAUGGCAAUGGAAGACGGCUUUUCUCUAGCUACAUGUUUGCAGCUUGGUGGCAAGAGUAACGUGGCUUUGGCUGUGAAGAUCCACAAUGAGUUGAGAUUCAAAAGGGUUACUUGCGCACAGAAAACGGGUUUUAAAAACCGCCAGCUGUACCAUGAGUCCACUUUCAAGCCAGCGGAGGAGGGCACGUGUCCGGUAUUUCCCAUGACCAGCUCGUGGAUCUAUCAGCACGAUCCUGAGCAGUAUGCUUACGAGAUGUAUGGUAAAUGUGCCAACCAUCUCCUUUCCGACAGUCCGUUUGACAACACAAACUAUCCUCCGGGUCAUCAAUUCAAGACCUGGACCGUCAAGGAGAUGCGUGAGGUGGCUGAGCGUGGAGAGAACAUCAUCGAUGAUGGUGACUGGUCUUAA